AUGGCGUCCAGCAGUGUUUCCAGGCUCUCUGCCAUAUCGAGUCACAUUAAGAAUAACCCCAUGCCGUCCUCCACUCAACUUGCCAACCAAUUACCUUGGAACCCUAACAGCACCAAGUUCCCUUCGCGAAAGGAUCUCCCAAAGCUUCCUGGUGCACCCGACGGUGCCGCUUGGGUCUGGGGCAAAGAUGAUGAGGUGGGCAGACUGAACCUCUUGACGCCGCAGCGGGUCAAGGCAUCUAUUGCUGAGAUUGAUACUGGCGAGAUGGUGCGCCUGGAUCUUCCUCUCACGGUGCCCGAGAAGCCGGCUUUUGACCGCGAGGUGUUCCAGCAUAACAUCAAAACGCUUGUUGAUGGCGUUGCUUAUGACGAUACUUACAUUAUGAACACGCAGAGCGGGACGCAGUGGGAUGGAUUCCGGCAUUUCGGUCACAUUGAUAGCCAGUGUUUCUACAAUGGGGCCAAAAGCCGCGACUUUGUAGGCGAAACCGCAAACCACCGCUGCAGCAUCCACCAUUGGGCAACACACGGAAUCGCCGGUCGAGGAAUCCUCCUGGACUACUACCACUACGCCAAAACACACAAUAAGCCCUAUGACCCAUACACAACACACAGCAUUACUCUAUCAGAAUUACAAGCAUGCGCGACCUCACAAGGCCUGGAUCUACGUCCAGAGUCCGAAGGCGGCGACAUCCGCAUCGGAGAUAUUCUACUGGUCCGCUCCGGCUUCGUGGAGCGAUACUACGAGCUCAGUUCUGAGCAGCGGUACGCAGCUGCGACACGGUCCCAUGAGGACUUGUGUUUUGCGGGACUGUCGCGCGAGCCGGCUAUCCGGGAUUGGCUGCAUGAUUGCUAUUUUGCGGCUGUGGCGGGUGACUCGCCGACGUUUGAGUCUUGGCCUGUUCCUGAGCAAGACUAUUUGCAUCAGAGUCUGCUGGCGCUGUGGGGGUGUCCUAUUGGCGAGAUGUGGGAUUUGGAUAUCCUCGCUGAGAAGUGUGGAGUUGGUUCCCAUGCGAAUGCGACUGCUAUUCUUUAG